AUGGACACCAGCGACCUCUUCACCAGCUGCAAGAAGGGCGAUGUUUUCCGAGUGCGGUGAGGCCCUUGCCCAGGUUAUGGGGUGGGGGGGGACCCCCGGGAGAGGGCCGCACCCCCCCAUCGGUGCUGCGCCUUGGCAGAAGCUGGGGCUAGGGAGCUUAAUAGGGGGCUGUCCCUUGAGGUUCCGGUUUGGGGAGCACCUGAAUGGCAGGUGGAGGUUUAGGGGCUGCCCUGGGACUUAAGGUAAACUCGUCUAUUUUUUUUCUUCUAGCUUUCCUCGAAGUUUGUUGUGUGUGUUUAGGAUGUUUAGAUGGCUCUUCUAGACAGCAGCAAAAAAAAGGGCUGCCUGAGAAGUAAAACUGGGAAGCUGUUUAGAACCAGCUUCUGGGCUUGUUUGCACACAUGAAAGCAAUAACCUGGGUGAGAGGGCUCUGGGCAUGUACAAAGUGCCUUCGGUAACCCCAGCUAAUGCCUGCUCCACCCAUCUAGGCUUAAAGGGAGGAGAGACUUCCAGAUAGGAGCUUCGAAGUUCUAGGCAAGGCAGAUUUCUGGCACACACUACUUUUAGAAAGCAAACGUGGGGCACAGGGGGAGUACUGGCUGGGGCUGGGGGAAAAAAUUGAAUGGAGGAUAUUGGGCACAACCAGGGAUAUUUUGGAGGGAGAAUGUCACAGAUCUGUGAGGGGAAUAGGGAACAAGCAUGGACUGGAUAACUUAAGAGUUCUGUUGGGUGUGGCAGCUCUUUGGUCUUCAACUGGUGGGUUGGAACCCACGACUGUCACAGCCUGAUCUAACAUGUUGCAGCAGUAGCAAUACCAUCAUACAAAUAUGUUUUUGUGUGUUGUUUUUUUUUAAAAGGUUUCCAAAUGCAUGUUUUGGUUAAAAGUUGAGUCCUAGGUCUGGGAACAUUGAAGAUUAUUGUGGCAGAGAAUAAGUUAGGGGGCAGAUAAAUAGUUAGGAAGCAAAAUUCUUUUCAGAAAUUCUUUUCACCUGCCGGUAUUUGCCAACCUUCCUUCCCCAAGCUAUUCAUAUUUGGCAAUAGAAUGGCUGCUACUGUGUUGCUUCAUGUCCCUAAUGGGAGGCCCCAAGUUCUUGCUGUGUUUUUAAAAAGGAAAACAACUUUUGCCUCUUCUGCCUAUCAGCUCAGCUUCCUGUCCUGAAGCAGCUGACUACUUUAGAUAUCCCCUGAGAGCAGGACCAAAAAGAAACAGACACACAAAAAGGCAAAUGGUAUUUUAAGGCUUUAUAAACACAUUUUCUCCUUUUUUAAACUGAAGAUGUUGUAAAAUAUAAACUAUAUGCUGCUUUUCCACACACAUGUGCCCAAGCGUGACUCAAUGGAAUACAAGCACUGUCACAAAACACAUCAUUACAAAGACAAAACAGUUAACAUGACAGUAAUUCAUGAAUACAAGAAUAAAUAUAUACCAAUCAUAUAUUAAAAAUUCUAUCAAUUAAUUUCCUGAUUCAUUGCAUUAAGAUGUAGUAACAGCCAGAAAAGUAAUGUUGAUCACAAUAUUAUAUCAAUUCAAAUUCAUUGUGAUGUGCAUAAUCACCAUAAGUGAUGCUAUCCAUCAAUUUCAGUGUCAAUCUUAAGAACUAGUAAAAAUCACAACACUUAGAGCGUUCGGUUGUAACAAAAUUUACAAGCAGAAUCACAAAAAGGACAACAGUAGCAACAUACUUGGAGAACAUCAACCAGAUGUUGUUUUAAGAUUUUUAAAUAAUGGCUAAUUUUUUAUCAUGAUUUUAAAAUGUCAUUUAUAGUUAAAUUCAUUCUACCCUCCCCCUUGCCUUUUUAUUUUAUUUUUGCAACCACCCUGUGAGAUAGUUUAAAUUCAGAGACAGGGGCUGACUUUAUCCCAGUCCUAGUCCAGUACUCUUAACCAUUGCACCGUACUAGCUCUGCUUUUUUAGGGCCUUUCCAGAAAGCAAAAUAGAAACACAAACUAUUUUUCUUUGUGUUUUCUGUGCUCCUGAUAAUCUGCAUAUGCACUGUUGUGCCCCCAUAGAAUUGGUGGGGAUAUUUGACACUAACUUUUUAAAGAAAAAACAACAAAAAAAGCGGGGAGGUGUGUGCUGCUGGAAUGUAGAGCAGGAGUAGCCAAUGUGAUGCCUCCAGAUGUUAGACUAAACCAUCCAUCAUUCCUCAAAUGGCCAGGGCAGAUGGGAGGUGGAAUCCAAAAACAUCUGGAGGGCAGAAUGUUGGUUUCUUCUGAUAUUUGGGAAAUUACACAAACUUAAAAAUCAAUGGUGGGGGUAAAGGAGAAUAAAUGUAAUAGCCUUGUUAUUUUGUGUCCCUUCUUUUAAAGGUUGCAUGGGCACUCCCAAACUUGAGCAUUCUGUGAACCACCCUGAGAUCUUAUGAUAAAGGGCAGUCUAGUCUAAUAAAUAAAAAUAAAUAAUAAUAAUAAUAAUAAUAAUAGGAAAAGGGGCUUUAAAAUAGAUAAUUUCUGAAGCUGUAGCUGAAGUGAGUUAGAUGAAUUAUUAAGUGCUAAAGCUGUGCCCUUGUUUGUCUUUCAGAUACCUUCUUGAACAGAGAGAUGUUGAAAUCAAUGUCCGGGAUAAAUGGGACAGUACCCCUUUGUGAGUGCUUUGGCCUUGAGACAUACCUGCUGUUUGGUAACUUAUACAGGAUUUAAAGAAAUGCUUUCAGGCAUUGCAACGGUUCCUCAUUUUACUUCUGUUGUUGUGUUCAAAAAAGAAAAGAUUUUUUUCUUAUAUCCUUCUCCUACAUUCUGCUCCCCAUUGUCUCAAGUUUUCAGUGUUCCCAUGCUGUUUUUUGUUGACAAGACCUGCUGUUGGAAAUAAUUUUCCUCAUUCAGAACAAUAUUCUGGAAGGCAGUUGAAUGCCUGCCACUGCUUUUGGGAUAAUUUGUGGCAACCAUUUUACUAGCAUUUACUAGCAUUCUAAGAAGAGGCCUGUUCCAAUUGUGCCAUUGGCUCAUCUUGUCUAGCUCUGGUUAGCCGUAAUGUUCUGGGAAGAUUGCAAACAGGGCAUGAAGACAAUAGUCUUCUCUUGUUUGUCCCCAACAUAUGUUCAUCAGCACUGUGCUACGUCUGUCAUAAAAGAAAGUGUAGAAUGGGAAUUCCUGGAGUUAUACAAUGUGUCCUUGGAAUACUGUCAUGUCAGCCUUUAUAUGAUUGCAUUGGCUGCUGAUCUAUUUCCACAUAAAAUUCAAGGUACUGGAUUUUAUGUUGAAAUCCCUAAGCAUCUUAGGACCUAGGUUACUUUUCCUGCAUGAACUUUCCUAUCACCUGUGAUCACUGCUGGAGUUCUAUCGCCUUCUGAAGUGAGGUGGGUGAGAAUUGGGAAAGGGAUAUUUUUCAUUUUGCUAUCUCCAGGGAGGCCCACCUAGCACUAACAAGUCUGUCUUUACAGUGGCAGAUGGAAGACUUUUUAUUCACCCACACCUUUUAGUGUCAACUUUUAGAAGUUUUUAAAAAUCUGGGAUUGGGUUUCACAUGAGAGUUACUGCUGCCUUUAUCUCGCUAAUGGAAACUGCUCUGAAAGUCUUGACUAAAAGAGCAGGAUGUAGAUACUUGCAGUAGAAAUAAUAAGCAUGUACCCUAAAGUUCUUGUUGGUAAAGCUAUCAUACAGUGUGGGGCUGGUGUGCAGAUUUCACCUCUCUCAAUGUUGUCCCAUAGAACUUGAUGGGAGCACAGAAAACCAUGGCAGCUCUGUUUGCAUGGUCCCACCACUUCAUCUGCAUAGCCCUAGUCCACAUCUCUUUUUUUCUACUUGCACAUGAAGCAAGUGCAUAUCUCAUCACUAGAAAAAGAGUAGGAAAAGACUCUUGUUCUCCUGUCACAACAGAAAGAAGUGAGAAUGCUAUGGAGAGGACUGGAUCAAUUUCUUGUAAGGAAUUAACACCAUGGGGGGAGCCAACGUGUUGCCCUCCAGAUGAUGUUGGACUACAACUUCCAUCAUGCCAACCAUUGGCCAUGCUGCUGGGCUGCUGCGAGUUGCACUCCCAACAACAACCGGAGGGCAACACAUUUGCUGUCCCAACCUAAUGUGAUUUUAGGAUCUUAAUUUGAUUGCAAAGUUGUUGCUGUGGGAGGACUUUUGAAGGCCUAAGCAAAACUUAGAAGUUUUCAUUUCUAAGUGUCUCUUCCUUAACUCCUUCCUUGUGUUAACAGGUAUUAUGCUUGUCUCUGUGGACAUGAAGAGCUUGUACGGUACCUUUUAGCCAACGGUAAGAAAAACUGAUAUGCUUCUUCUCCUGGAGACUGUGUGCCCAAUAUAUAUGGUCACCUGUGUGUCUCUAGAAUUGUCACUGAAGGUACACCAGAAUUAAAACAGUAUAAUCCUGCUCUGAUGGGAAACUGCGUAGCUGCUUUUGACUUGUUAUGCUAAUCAAACAGCUAGAAUCUUAUUUUGCAAGGAAAACUUUUCCUCUCAUGGUAGGGUGUUAGUACAGGGCUCAGUUUUUUACAAGUUUGUAGUACUAGCCCUAGCGUGACAUUAAAAUUGGAUCUUAGCCAAUGGGGAGAGCUGCUAUUUAUAAUCUAGUCUGCUUGUUGCCAUUUUGUUUAAUAAAAUGCACCUAAAAGUAAAUGUCCAUUUGAUACAUUUUAUAAAUGCUGUAAGCCACCCAGAGUGGCUGGGGAAACCCACCACCAUCAUCAUCAUCAUCAUCCUUAUUAUUAUUCUCAUUUUUUACUUAAAAAAGCAAAAGUUAAGGCUCCUUGUUGGUACAUUUAAUAUUUCUGUUCUCAUCAUAGCACCCAGCAGGACAAAAAUAAAUGGAUUUAGUGUUUGGCUUUACUAGAAGGAAUAAAUUCACCUGUAAUACACUGAAUCAGAAGCUGCCACCAUUUAUUGAGUGACUAGUAGGAACAGUUAUCACCAGGAAUAUGUGCUUUUGCUUGCAGAUCUAUCUAAGGUUACCAAGCAACAAGUCUGCCAGCAUCCAUUCUUGAACCACCCAGCUCCCAAGGGCAUUAUUGCGCUGUUUCUUAGUAACUUGGCUAAAAGGACAAAGGCAAUAAUGUAGGGCAGAGCUUUCCAAACCUUUCAUGUUGGUGGUACACCUUUUAGACAUGGAAGAUUUCACGACACAAUAAUUCAGUUUUACUAGCAAACAAGAGGUUAAACUAACCCCUUUCCAGCCCUGGGAGCACCAUGGGGAGCAUUCAUGUGACUCACCUACACACUGUAGCCAACACACUAAUGUGUCGCGACACACAGUUUGGAAAACUCUGAUGUAGAGUGAGAUAAGCUUAGUUCUCUCACCCACACCAUCAAAAUACAUUGAUUUCAUUUAAUCAAUGUUAGGUCUGUUGUUUAACAGGUACAAAGAAUAUAAAUCCAGUCAGAGAAAUAAAACAAAAUCAUGGUUUCUAACUUUAUUUAUCAGAAUAUUUAUAAACCACCAACACAGUUAUUGUUGAGGUGGUAUACAAUACAGUCAUUGAAAAUAACAAAAUUGUACAAUUAUAAAAUCAUAAGAUGACCCAGGCUGAAUCAGAUUAAGUCUUUAAAAACACUUGGUGAACCAAAUAUAUUUUCAGCAGGUGACAAAACAUCAGGAUUGUAGGCGCCUUUCAGAUUUCCAUAGGAACAGCAUUCCAAACUUGGUAUUAGAUCAUAAUUCAUAGCUUACAGCUAAAGCAAAUAAUAAUCCUUCUAGGGAUAAGAAAUCCAAAUCAUGGUUUGGUGGGGUAAUGUUGAAUUUGGUAAGCAUAGCUUGUCAGUGAACAGUAGCUACAUGCAGACUCUAUUAGAAAUGGGUAUAUUCCAACCAAUGCAGGCACAGACUUGAGAGAGAAUUAUAUUGAAUUUGGACAAUAAAUUUUGUAUUCCUAACUGUAGUUAAACACACAAUCAGAAAGUUGUUUUAAUUUUUCUGGGAAGCUUUUUAGCUUUCUUCUAACUUGUACAGUGGUGCCUCGCAAGACGAAAAGAAUCCGUUCCGCGAGUCUCUUCGUCUUGCGGGUUUUUUCGUCUUCCGAAGCAAGCCCAUUAGAGGUUUAGCAGCUUAGCGCUACAGUAUUAGAGGCUUAGCCGGCUUAAAGAUCAGCUGAUAAGCGGCUUAGCAUCAGCUGUUAAGCGGCUUAAAGAUCAGUUGAUAAGCGGCUUAGCAUCAGCUGUUAAGCGGCUUAAAGAUCAGCUGAUAAGCGGCUUAGCCAUCAGCUGUUAAGCGGCUUAAAGAUCAGCUGAUAAGCGGCUUAGCAUCAGCUGUUACCCGGCUAACAGAUCAGCUGAUAAGCGGCUUAGCCAUCAGCUGAUAAGCGGUUUAGCGGCUUGGGAAAAAGGGGGAAGGAAAAAACCCGCAGGAACUCGCAAGACAUUUUCGUCUUGCGAAGCUAGCACAUAGGAAAUUCGUUUUGCGAAGCACCUCCAAAAUGGAAAACCCUUUCGUCUAGCGGGUUUUCCGUCUUGCGAGGCAUUCGUCUUGCGGGGCACCACUGUAUUUUACUAAAUAUUUGCAGUGUACUUUAAAAGAGAUUCUUUUCUCUGUUUUUUAAAUUGUAAUAACCUCUCUCCAAGGAGCUCAAUGUGGUGUUCAUGGUUCUCCUCCUCAGUUUAUCCUCUCAUCAGCCCUGGGAAGCAGAAAAUGACUGUCCCAAGGUCACCCAGCAAGCUUCAUGGCUGAGUGUGGAUAUGAACCCUGACCAACCCUGAUCCAACACUCUAACCACAAUCCAGCUCAUAGUGUAGCACACUGGAUCACAGUGGUAUGGGUGUAGCAGAAAUGUUUUCUGUGAAAUAUUGUAGAAUGUAUGCAGCUUCAUGCAGCUACUUUCUUUUAAAACUGAGUAGUCUUGCAGUUGUCCCAAGGCAGAAAUUAAGAGCCUGGAUAUUAGGGUUGAAUGUUAAUUUUACUUCAUGAGCUCUGCUUUAGACCAGAAGUACAUAUGAAAGUACAGUGGUACCUCAGGUUACAUACGCUUCAGGUUACAUACGCUUAAGGUUACAGACUCCGCUAAUCCAGAAAUUGUACCUCGGGUUACGAACUUUGCUUCAAGAUAAGAACAGAAAUCGUGUUCUGGCGGCGCGGCGGCAGCAGGAGGCCCCAUUAGCUAAAGUGGUGCUUCAGGUUAAGAACGGACCUCCGGAACGAAUUAAGCUCUUAACCUGAGGUACCACUGUACUUGUAACGAGGGAUGAAGGUUGCUCCAGUUGUUUAGUGGAAGCAGUUCUUAGUACUGUUCUGCAGAGAAAGACAAUAUCACAUAUGUAAAUGAUAUGUCUCUUGUAAUACGGCUUCAAACCUAAUUGCCAGUUGGUAUUGGUUUACAGGUGCCAAAUGUGAAGCAAACACCUUUGAUGGCGAGCGUUGUUUAUAUGGGGCCCUGAGUGAUGCUAUUCGGCGGGUGUUAAAGGAGUACAAGCAGAUCACAGCAAAGUGCAUGAAAAGAGACUACUAUGAUGUCUUCCUUCAACGGUAAAGAGAGUAGGGAUGCCUUCAUUGCAGGUGGUUAAGCAUUAAAAUGCAUCUGUUUCCAUUGGACUGCCACGCCCACUCCUUGGAUGGCUGACCCCUCUUGCUUGUUUUCUUUCAGGAGAUUCAAAAGAUUUAUUAUCCUCUUGUCUUAUGGAGGCUUGCUUGUGAUGAUGACAAGUCUGUCAAGCCACUGUUAGUACAUAGUAAUGUGAAAGUUUCUAUAUAUAUAUUUAAUUCCCUCCCCACUGAAAAAACUUCUCAUACGGUAUACAUGUUAAACCUGAUUAAUCACAAUCUACUGCGUAAGUGGCAGAAGUAAAUAAGACUACUUACCGUAUUUUUCGUCCCAUAGGACGCACCUAGUUUUUUGGGGGGGAAAUAAAGGAAAAAAUGUUUUCCUUUAUUUCUCCCCCCAAACCAGGUCGGGGAACAGCGGGAUGGCGGCGCUGCACCUCCCCGCUGUCCCCCGAGCUUGUGGGGCUGGCCGAUGUCUGCCUGGCGCGCGGGGCGCUCUGCUUCAGGGCGCGCCGGGCGGCAGGCUGCUAUCCGCAGCGUGGGGAGCCCUGCGGGAACUCCCGCGGGCUCCCCAGGCUUGCUGAUAGCUUCCUGAAGCCUGGAGAGCGAGAGGGGUCGGUGCGCACCAACCCCUCUUGCUCUCCAGGCUUCAGCGAAAGCCUGUAUUCGCCCCAUAGGACGCACACAGAUUUCCCCUUCAUUUUUGGAGGGGGAAAAGUGCAUCCUAUAGGGCGAAAAAUACGGUAAUAUAUGUGUGUGUAGUCCUGUUUAUGGAAUGCUGUCCCCAGGGAGGCUCACUUGGUGCCAUCAUUAUAUAGCUUUAGGUGUCAGGCAAAAACAUUACUUUUUCUCCAUGGCGUUGAAUUAUCAUUUACUCUGGCCUCCUUGAGUGGUUCAGAUUCUGCCUUUUUAAGAACAAGUUUGUCAUUUCAUUUUUUCAUUGUUUUUCUUUGUGCUGGUUUUAAUGUAUGUUUUUCUUUGUUUAUAUAUUGUAAGUCACUGUGAGUUACCUUGGUAAGAAAGGUACCAAUUAAUAAAUAAUAAAGCAUUAUUUUGGAACCUUGAUUUUGAAGGAACAGUUCGCAGUUGCUGAGUCCUCCAGUCCAGUUUUUUCAAGACUUCUUGUUCUCAUUCUCCUUGCAGACUUCUGGAACAGGGUUACCAGAGUGACAUUGUAUUCAUUGUGCAUGGGAAGUCUUUCUGUGCCCAUCGCUGCAUUCUCGGUGCCCGGAGUGCAUAUUUUGCAGAAAUGUUUGAGACCAAGUGGAAGGGGAAGAACAUCAUAGCAUUAAAGCAUCCAUUGGUGAGAAGACUCAAGCUUUGUUUUAACUAGAAUAGUGUCUGCAGUUGACGCUUGCUUUAUGGUUUCAUGUGUUAAGUCUAGACCCUGAUUUACACAUGCAUCAGAAUGAGACAGUAGAGUGGACUGUACCACUUAAGACUGUGGGUGAGGAUGUUAUUUCAAAUACAUUAAAAAACAUAAAAAUCAACUAACUAAAAAACCCAUAAAAAGCAACUAACUCCCUGAAUUGGCUCAUUGAGAGGAAGUGGUUCUGGGCUAGUCCUCUCACUGCCAUUCUCCUUUUUUCUUUUUUACUUGCAGUGAAUAUUGUUACAUUUGGAACACUCAAAAUGGGCUUUUCCUACUUGCAGUCUGAAUGGUACAGUCCAUUCUGCCUCUUUAUUCUGCUACACGAGUACCAAGCCUGAUGUUACUAACUAAUCAAGCAUCAAGUUUCUUUAAAACAGUUUUACUUGGAUUAUCUCAGCAAUGUUGAUCUGGAACAUCGUAUUGAGAUUUCAUUGUGACUACUGUAUUGAAUCGACCCUGGCUGUUCCUACUGGUAAACAUAACACACAAGCUAUUCAACUUCUCACAAAACAGGUUUUUGUUUUUUUAAGCUAACUAUAUAAGUGGCUAUCACAACUUGUGGUCAGUUCCACAAGUUCAUUACUUUUUGAGUGACAUUAUUUAAUGUUGUCACAUGGUGCGAACUGAGCUGGCGUUGAGGAAAAGGGACAUACAGCUAAAAUCUUGCCCUUUUUGUUGCUUGCCUACUGCACUACUGCAGAAUCUCAUGGGCCCUCAUUACCUUCUAGUUCGAAUAUAGCCGAUGGGGUACCCUCUGGAAGUUGUUGAGGACUUCUGAUCAUUGACCUGACAGGCUGGGGCUGAUGGGAGUUGUAGUCCAAAACACCUUCGCUACUGCUGUUCUAGCUUGUUUCUCACUUAUAUCAGUGUAUAGUUCAAGCCAUGGCAAAAUGCAACCUCUGUAAAUAACCACUUUCAUUCAUUAUAUAGAUCAACCCAGCUGCCUUUGGUUCCCUUCUCCAGUACCUCUAUACAGGUAAAUGUGGGCAUGUGCUGCAUUGUAGUGCUUACAAUUGCUGCAUUUGGAUUCAGAAUAACAUCUUGCGUAUAUCUAUAUACUUUGCAUAAUUAUUUCAAAACUUAGCUUGUCAGAAAUGGCCUGGGUGACAUACUUUUUCUCUUUCUCUUGCAAGGACUAUACUGAUGGAAAGCAUUAGAUACUGGGGCAUAGAAUAACAGCAUUGAUGGAGAGGCAUGGAGCUGUGUUGGACCUUGCUAGAGUGAGAUUAUGGGGGAUUCAGGUUCUUUUCUCUACCAUCGUGUUUUUGCUUUGGGGUUAGCCACUCACCCACCCAAGCAACAAUAUUUUAUUGCCCGAAAACAUUGUCUCCCACCACCCAGCUGAUGGGUUUGUUUGUUUGUUUUGCAAGUGCUGUAUCAAAUGCAAUAAGGGCACUGGCAUUGCUAGUAAUGAGUGACACAAUUUUGUGUCUGGACAUAUUCCCGGUAUGCCACACUGUUGCUCUAGUUAAUUUUACGUCUAAAAGCGCCAUGGCAUUAAUCCCCUUUAUUUCAGCAACAGUUACUUGAAAUGUUGAGGCUUCAAUUCUAAACACACUUGUUUGGGAGUAAGUCUUUCUGCAAUUCAAUGAGACUUACUCCUGAGUAGACGUGCAAAGGAUUCUGCUGUCUAGAAGAUUUGUUUGCUGGUUGGGCAUUCUAACCAGGCACAGACUGUGCUAACAUGUUUUUCUACCUCCAUUUGCAUAUGCGAAUAGGGUUCCUCCCAAUUCCAGAGCACAGCUCCAGAUUGGAGCUACUAAAGGAAUAGCAAAGAAUAAAAAUUUGUCUUAUUUUUGUUUGUUUUUAGUGAACAAAGGUCCUUAUCCUUCACUAGACAAUGACCAUACGUUUCUGGAUAUUUGUGCUCAGGAAUAUGUAUGAAUCUGGCUAUUGAAGUUGCUCCUCUUUUUGCUUUUAUAAGACAGGAGUACCUUGAAAUACAGAAGGAUACGGAAAGUGACACAUGCAUCUUUAUUUAACAUGUGGGACACGUGGAUUAAACCUAUAGAAGGGAUUCUGGAUUAGCCUUCUAUACAUUUGCUCAUUGCUUUGGGCAAAUGUAUGUGGGAAAGUUGCAUACCAAUUGAAAUAAUAGCUACAGUAUUGUAGUUAUCAGAAUUGAUAGACUUGUGUGUAACAUUUCUUGGCUUUGUCAUAUGUAGACAUGGCAUCCAUAUUUUAUUUAUUUGGGUGAUAGUCAACCAAAUUGUGUAUCUAUAGUCUGUUUACUUAGGGCAGCAUGUAUCUCUAUCAUAUUCUGUGUAGACUAAUUGCAAUUAAUGGACUCAAGUCCACUGAUUUUAAUAGGCCUAUACUGGUAUUGCUAACAUUGGAUGUCACCCUUACUACAAUUUUGUACUUCUAAUCCAUUCAAGGUUGUUUGCAAUCUAAAAUAAUAAAGAUACAAAAGGUAAAAAAAUCUGAAUUUUCUCAGGAAUUAUAUUUGAAAAGCAACAUACAAUAUGGCUCAAAAGAAGUUGCUGUACUAGCUGUACAAGUGAUGUUCUCAAAAAUAUAAAUGCAGUCCUUCCUUAAGUCACAGGGGGGUGCUGAAACAUAAAUUUGCAGCUGUGAAUGUAAGGAUGAAUUUUACGUGUUGGUGAAUAAAUAAUAGGGAGAAUUGAAAGGGUCAUUUGCUUUCUUUUCUUUUCUUUUGCCAGGCCGUUUAGACAUAGAUGUAGAAUAUGUGAGCGACUGCAAAAGAUUGGCAAAACAAUGUCGGCUCCAGGAUCUCAUCGAAGACUUGGAAACCAAGUGUAAAAAGGUGCAUGAAUUUGGUAAGGUCCAAAUUGCUCAGACUGGCACUUUAUAUAAGAAAGUGGAAAGCUGCCUUUUUUCUGAACAGCUUAUAUUAAUUAGCUAAAAAUUCUAGUAAUAACUUUUUUCUGUUCCGCUGUUCUCCUAAAGUGCUCAAAACAAUCACAGUACACCAUGCAGAUAAGCAAUUAACAAUAUGAAAUAUUCUUUAACAUGGUAUUAUUAGUAGUAGUAGUAGUAGUAUUUCCAUUUCUAUACUGCUUUAUAAUUUAAAGAAAAAAUUCUCAAAGUGGUUUACAACAGGUUAAAACAUCAAAUAAAACAGAAUAAAGCAUUAAUGAAGAGAGUAAAAAAAACAAGUAUACAUUCAAAGCAAUGUAAUCAACAGGAAACUAAAAUAUUAUCUUAAAGACUUCAAAAUAAAAUAUUACAAAAUAAGUCAACUACAGAACACACAUUUAGUGUAGUGAAGUUAACAAAAAAAUUAUCCUAGAAUAUAUGAAUAUUUGGAAGGGACUCAAGGGUCAUCUAGUCCAACCCCCUGCAAUGCAGGAAUUUCAGCUAAAGCAAACCUCUAAGGAAGGUGAGUCCACAGCCUCGUGAGGGAGACUGUUCCACAUUUCAAAACUUAAACAUUUCAAAAGAAAACAUUAUUAUAGGAAGUUAAAUAUAAUAUGCACGUUUAAACCUGCAUAAUUAUCAAGAGAAUAAAAUAUUGUCAUAAGCUUAGAACAUACCUGCUGUAUUGCUGCCAGUCCUGCCCAUGAUGGUUGGCAGGUGUGGAAGCUCAGGCUUGAUGACUUGUACUAAGAGACAGCUAAGAUGGUCUCUGGCCUUUUCAGCAGCCCUAGCUUUUGUAGCUGGAGUCAGUCCUCCCUGCCCUCCCAGGCCAGGUGGAAAAGGGCCUGCAAGGCAGGGAGCAGGUCUUCCAGGAUUCACAGCCAAGAUAGGUCUCCAGGAUGGUAAAGUCAGUCAAGAGCAAGAUCUAAAAUUACACAGUGAAAGCCCAACCAAACCAAAAUGUAUUCAAAUACAUAGUGAAAAGAUUUCCUGAUUGAGGUAUUCUAGAAUUGUAGCACCCACAGUAAAUGUCCUGCCUUCUGUAAGUUACCCAAUGGAUAUUUUGAAGUGGUACAGAGAAAAGGGACUUCAAAGCUGAUUUUAAAGCCCAUGCAGGCAACAAAGUAAGUGUUCCUAAUAGUUAUUUGGUCUUAGGCCUUUAGUCUUCAAUGUCCCACAUGCUGUACUGCAGUAGUCUAUCUGGGAAGUAAUUAAAGUGUAAAUAACAGGCCAAGUCUGUUGCUUUUAGAGACAGUGUAGGUCAUGCACUAGCAUGGGCAAGGUCUUCAGGCUUGUAGGUGCAGUGACUAAGGAGAGGUAGGAUAGAUUCACGUGCCCUUGAUUUGGUGACAAAGCUCUGUCUCUAUUGUACACCAAGUUACUGUGCUAUCCAUAUACUAAUGGGUGAGCCCUCUAAUGGGACAUUUAAUUGUUUUUAGCAUAAGCCUUUGCAGCAUUCUUGUUUUCUAGAAAGAGUUGUGAUACGUCAUAACAGGGACACAUGGGUAUGGUCCAGCAAUCUGCUAUUUGAAUAUUACCUGCCUAAGGACCAUUUCCAAGAUCUGGAAUAUAAAUACUUGGAAUAAUAAGCAACUCACUUGUAAAUAGCUUAGUUAUCCAUCUUUGUACAGUAGUGCUAUAUUCUGAAAUGGCACAUUAUUUGACACUGUCAUGGUUUUAAAUGUAUUCUAUUGCUGUAACCCACUCUGGGAUCAUGAAUCAAGGAAGAACAGACUAGAAAUCAAACUUAAAUAUUUAGUGGGGCUCUGGGCCAUUUCUAAACUGGAUGAUAUAGGUUGCAGAAAAUGAGGCAAGCAAAAAAUACGUCUCUAAACUAGAUACGAUUAAUCUUGAACUGGAUACUUGAGGAGCUCCCUCCCAGACUUAAAUAUAUAGGUUGCUUGCUUGUUUUGUAAGGUUAACUGUGUAGAUAUCAAACAAUAAUGUAUUGUAGUAAUGCUUGGUAGAUGAAGAUAGAUAUUUCACUGUAUACCCUGUAGUGUAUGUUUUCUGCAAGUGUUAAGAAUAGUUGAAUUUCAUAUCCCAUGAGCAUAGCUUAAUAAAAACCAUGCUCUCAUCACCUUAAAGAGAUAAUGAAUAACUAAUUUAGCUAUAUUUGUGUUAAUGCUUGAUUACAUUUCAGCAUCUCUAAUUACACAGUUUUUCAGUUCUUUUAUUUGAGGUUAAGCUGAUUGAUGCUAAUAAACUCUUAUUCCCAGAAAUGCAUAGUUAUGAUUUCUUCAUGGAUGGAAAAAGUCAGGUGGUUAACACAAGUUGCUUUGCUGCCUUGGUUGUGUACUAAGACUACCACCUGGUGUCAUCCCUGCCCUCCCCCCCCCCACACCAAGGUCCAUUGCACCAGUGGAAGUUGCUUUCUCUCUUGGACACUUUGAAAGGCUAAGGCUGUCGUUUGUUUCGCAGCACUCAUAUUAGACAUCAGAAUUUAAAUAGUUGGCCAGGCAGAUCAUAAAUUUACACUUCUUUAGGAUUAUUUUGUACUCUGCUUUUCACCAUUUGUGAGAAACCCUUAAGUGAUAAAAGGAACAGUUUAGCUUGCUUCUAUAUGCUGCUGUCUUCAAAACUGAAGGUGCUAGAGCAUCCUUUAUUGACAAUCCCCUCUUAACAUCUUCUUCUGCCACUGCUGCCUUUAGUACUGGUAACACUUAAGCUUUGACCCUGGCAUAGCUAGCCAUGUUGCAAAAACUACAAAAUGUACUAUACUCCAUUCAGCUUCCCACUUUUCCCACUGGGGAAGAAGGAAGCAUUUGGACUGGUGUCCUAGAGGCACAGGGGAUGCGGGUGGCGCUGUGGGUUAAACCACUGAGCCUAGGACUUGCUGAUCAGAAGGUCGGCGGUUCGAAUCCCCGCGACGGGGUGAGCUCGGUCCCUGCUCUUGCCAACCUAGCAGUUCGAAAGCACGUCAAAGUGCAAGUAGAUAAAUAGGUACCGCUCCGGCGGGAAGGUAAACGGCAUUUCCGUGUGCUGCUCUGGUUCGGCAGAAGCGGCUUAGUCAUGCUGGCCACAUGACCUGGAAGCUGUACGCUGGUUCCCUCGGUCAAUAAAGCGAGAUGAGCGCCGCAACCCCAGAGUCGGCCACGACUGGACCUAAUGGUCAGGGGUCCCUUUACCCUUUACCUUUUACCUAGAGGCACAAGUCCCUUGCUUUCAUGCAUCUGGACCAUUGUUGGUGCUAAAUGAAUGUUAAUUGUUGCUGCUGGCUUGUCCAUUUUCUUGACAUUUUAUAAAUGUGAGUUAAUCUUACUGACGCUCCUGUCACCAAAAACUAUUUACUUUUGACUGACCACACUCACAUUUGUAUUACAUCUGUUCUGAAAUCUUAAUUAGUGCAAUAUUGCUGUCAUAGAUUGAAAGAUACAGCCCAUCAUAGUGGUCCAUUUCCCAGAAACUUGUGAUAAAGUGCUUUACCAAAACUCAUGACACAAAUUGUUCUUUUAAAAUCUCUCUGUGCCAUAGAAAACACAUCUGGAGGGGGGGCGGUCUUGAGAGGAGGAGGCUGCCUCACUUAGCUGUUCUGUUCUUCAGCUUGCACUUCAUCUGCGUUAUCUAAGCACUUCAAGCAGAAAAUUGCUAUCUUCUAAAUGAGCUAGAAACUUCAAACAAAAGCAUCUCCAUAUACAGCCCUCUGGCAAUGUUCUUUUUCCUCUUCCAGAAAAGAAUAUCUUGCUGCUUCUUAGUGUCUCCUGGAUAGGAAAUAUAGGCUGACUCAGUCCUCCUUGAAAGCAAAUUGCAUAUGCUUUUGGCUUCUGAGUUUAAAUUGGCACCAAGCUGCCAGUUUCUCUUUGGAACAGUUCUGUGAAUGUACUUGAAACAGAUUCUACAAGUUAAAACUACAAUAAACAAAUUGCUUGCACCCACCAAGUAGGGGAGAAAUCUGUUCCUAACAACACACACAUGCCCAAAGGCUAGGUAAUCUGUUAGGUUGAUGACUGAAAUAGUGCUGAGCCUUAACUUUGUUCGCAUUGAGCCUGUCACAAUUGCAAAACAUAAGGAGAGGAUGUUAACUUUCAUUUGUAAAGGAACCAGACUUGCCACUAGGCACACAGGCAUUCAUUUCAGUCUCUUUGCAUCCGUCUUAAGAACAUGCUUUGUCAGGCCAAUAGUCCAUCUAGCAGUAUUUUCCACAGUGGCCAACCAGAUGUUUCUAGGUAGUCCACCAGCAGGAUGUGAAGUCAACAGCUGCCUUCUGCCAUGAUGAUGAUGAUGAUGAUGAUAAUAAUAUAACAACAACACAACAAUAAUUCUAUUAUUUAUACCCCGCCCAUCUGGCUGGGUUUCCCCAGCCACUCUGGGUGGCUCCCAACAAAAUAUUAAAAACACAAUCAAACAUUAAAAACUUCCCUAAACAGGGCUGCCUUCAGACGUCUUCUAAAAAUCAGGUAGUAGUUUAUUUCCUUGACAUCUGAUGGGAGGGCGUUCCACAGGGCGGAUGCCACUACCGAGAAGGCUCUCUGCCUGGUUCCUGUAGCCUCAAUUCCCACAUUGAGGGAACUACCAGAAGGCCCUUGGUCCUAGACCUCAGUGUCUGGGCUAAAUGAUGGGGGUUGAGACGCUCCUUCAGGUAUACAGGGCCAAGGCCAUUUAGGGAUUUAAAGGUUUGCACCAAAACUUUGAAUUGUGCUUGGAAACGCACUGGGAUCCAAUGAAGAUCCUUUAGGACCGGUGAUAAAUGGUCUCAGCAGCCACUCCCAGUCACCAGUCUAGCUGCUGCAUUCAGGAUUAGUUGUCGUUUCCGGGUCACCUUCAAAGGUAGCCCAUGUAAAGCAUAUUGCAGAAGUCAAAGCGGGAGAUAACCAAAGCAUGCCCCACUCUAGUGAGACAAUCUGUGGGCAGGUAGGGCCUCAGCCUGCGAACCAGAUGGAACUGGUAGACAUCUGCCCUGGACACAGAACUGACAUGCGCCUCCAUGGACAGUUGUAGGUCCAAAAUGACUCCUAGGUUGCUCACCUGGUCCUUCAGGGGUACAGUUACCCUAUUCAGGACCAGGGAAUCCUCUACACCUGCCCACCCCUGUCCCUGCAAAACAGUACUUAGCCGCCAUCCUCCAACCUCCUCCAAACACUCCCACAAAGCCUUUACUGCCCUCACUGGUUCUGAUUUAAAAGAGGUAGAGCUGGGUAUCAUCCACAUACUGAUCAACACCCAGCCCAAACCCCCUGGUGAUCUCUCCCAGCAGCUUCAUAUAGAUGUUAAAAAGCAUGGGGGAGAGGACAGAACCCUGAGGCGCCCCACAAGUGAGAGUUCAGGGGUCUGAACACUCAUCUCCCAACACCACUUUCUGGACACGGCCCAGGAGGAAGGAGUGGAACCACUGUAUAACAGUGCUCCCAUUUCCCAGCCCCUCUAGACGGUCCAGAAAGAUGUCAUGGCAACCAGUAUUCAGCAAUCAUCCUGCCUCUGAAAUUUGGAGUUUCCAGUUACGCAACACAUUUGUUUAAUCGCCUUCUGAAUCAUCACUACAUCCUGUGGCACUGAAUUCCAUAAACAAUUCCUUGUUUUCCUUUUUCUGUCCUGAAUUCAUUGGGUGACCUUGAGUUCUAGUGUUGCAUGGCAGUAAUAAGUCCUUGUGGGAGUAUCCGCCCAAUAUCUUCUACAGUGGUACCUCAGGUUACAUAUGCUUCAGGUUACAUACGCUUCAGGUUACAGACUCCACUAACCCAGAAAUAGUACCUCGGGUUAAGAACUUUGCUUCAGGAUGAGAACAGAAAUCAUGCUCUGGUGGUGCAGCGGCAGCAGGAGGCCCCAUUAGCUAAAGUGGUGCUUCAGAUUAAGAACAGUUUCAGGUUAAGAACAGACCUCCGGAACGAAUUAAGUACUUAACCCGAGGUACCACUGUACAGUGAAAAAUUCAUGCAUCUUCUUUGAAAUUUCCCUAUGCUCCUCCUAGCAAUCCUUUCACUCUUCUGUCAUCUAGUUGCCCAACUGUCUCCCUAGAUUUUCUGCUCCUAUUUAAAAAUAUGUCUUAACACUUUUAUAAUGAGCUACAAAUUCUCUUUUCCGUGCCUCAUCAACUUCCACUUGUUUUGCCUGAGUUUAUGCUGUCCUCAUUUGAACUACACACAACUUCUUAAGGGAAGCCUCAAUCAAUCAAUCAAUCAAUCUGUGUGAUGUGCUUUCUCCAGAGCUGCUUUUAAUGGGGAUUAACAUCCUAAAGAAACUUGAGCCCCUUGAUUUUCCCUUCCAAUGAAUACCCUCAUUCUUGCAAAAUUAAGUUAAUUCAUGGUCAGAUGUAUCCCCCAAGAACUUCAGGCACUUUACUCAGUUUAGACACAGUUUAGAAGUGGACAUGGGAUCAUACUUGGCAGUAUUUGCUAAAUAAAAAUGAUCCCAGUACAAUAUGUGUUUUACCAUUAAACACAUGUUGCUUGAGUGUCCACACUCUUCAGCUGCUUUCCAAUUUUUAAUGCUCAUCCAGACACCUCAUAGAAUCAUCUGCACCAGGGUUUUUACUCUCUGUUUCUAGCUGGAAAUACUCAUUUACAUGUGUUUAUAAGUUUCAAAACAAUAGGUUGGUUGGGGUUAUUGAGACUUAUUGAGGACUGAAGGAAGCUUUUUAUAGAGAUUAAGUGUUCAGUAUAAUAUGAUCUAGUGGAGGCAUAGGCAAACUCGGCCCUCCAGAUGUUUUGGGACUACAACUCCCAUCAUCCCUAGCUAACAGAACCAGUGGUCAGGGAUGAUAGGAGUUGUAGUCCCAAAACAUCUGGAGGGCCAAGUUUGCCUAUGCCUGAUCUAGUGACUCUGUGCCAGCAGAUCUAAUCUAUCUCCCUUCCUCUUCUGUCUUCUACCAUAACGUAACCCUGAUGUAGCUCCUCACAAUUAACAAAAGGAGGGGCAGGGAAUUGUCAUUUCCUGAGAUUCCUGUUGAGAAGUUGGUACUCUCUCAUGUGAAGGAAAGAGUGAGAAAGAAACAGUCUUUCCUCCUACCCACCACCUUCACAUGUUGGAGCAAAGUUUCAAGUGGCAAAAGGUAUAAUUUCAUUAUCUGCUGACAGUAAUGGUGUAUCUGUUGAAAGGCAUUAUAUUACCUGUUUAGAAUCACACUUCUGAGGCAUAUACAACUCGUUAAUUUGGGGCAGAAGGGUUGGGAAGAAAGAUAUUGUACUGUGGCAGUCUUCUUUCACCCACCACUCAAUGUUGUGGUAAGAUGACAUCCCUGUGUAAUCUGUAAAAUGUCAAGAGCGGCAAUUUAUUAUGGCAAUGUGAGUCACCUGAGAUUUGGAGACAAGUUCUAAAUCCAUUGAGUCACGCUUGUCGUACCACCUCUUGUUCCGAUGCAGACUUAACUUAGCCAGCUCAGGAGUAACUUCCUUUUCUUGCUGAACUCCCAAGUGUAAACCAAUGAAGACUUUUGGUAUAUUGCUAACUAGUUUAUCAUGGCAUGAGCUUUCAGCUCUUGGUUACAAAACCUCUUUCCACGAUAAACCACUUAAUACCAAAGGUGCUGAAAUAGCAGUUUUGUUCAUAUUAUUAUAAACAAGUUCUCUGUAUUAACAAAAGAUAUAAAUAACAUUCCUUAAAAUAAAGACCACGUGAGCUGGGUAUAGGAGGAGGAGACAAAUAACUCUGUGUAAUAAUCACAAGCUGAAAUCAAUAUGGCAUCAUAAAUACAUACUACUUGUUAAUGAUUUAGUAUUGAUCACAGCAGCUUGCUUUACUGUACCAAGCUAUUCAGGUACUCCUUCUUCAUACAGCAAGGCUUUGGAGACUCAUAACAUGUAAGGAACUAUACAGUAAGGAACUAUAUAUGUGUACAUGCCAACAAGUGCCCAGACAUGCACUAAAUGACCACUUCUUCAUCAACAGUUAUUGAUCUAUUUCCCUUACUUUAAUUCUUGAAAUGGGUAUGUAAUAUGAACAACAAGGAAAUGUUCAUAGAUGAUGAACAAUGAUGAUGGCUGUGUUAAUAUGAACAACAAGGAAAAAGCAGCCAGGAGCCUCAUACUUGCAUGCUCCCUUCCCUCUCUCAUAGCAGAGAGAUGGAUUUAAGCAGAACUUAGUUUCGCUUUCCACAAAACAUGGCUUGUUUUUAUGAGCUAGAGAUUGUUCUUUAAAACAAGCUCUGGUUAGUCUUUGAACAAGCCAGCUUCAAACCAUGGUUUAUGAAACUACAGUUGUGUUAUACUAUAGUUUCCAGUUCAUAGGUAAAGGUGUAAAGGUACCGCUGACCGUUAGGUCCAGGUGCAGACGACUCUGGGGUUGUGGCGCUCAUCUUGCUCUAUAGGCCAAGGGAGCCGACGUACAGCUUCCAGGUCAUGUGGCCAGCAUGACUAAGCCGCUUCUGGUGAACCAGAGCAGCAUGCGGAAACGCCGUUUACCUUCCCACCAGAGCGGUACCUAUUUAUCUACUUGUACUUUGAUGUGCUUUCAAACUGCUAGGUUGGCAGGAGCAGGGACCGAGCAACGGGAGCUCACCCCGUCGCGGGGAUUCGAACCGCCGACCUUCUGAUCGGCAAGUCCUAGGCUCUGUGGUUUAACCCACAGCGCCACCCGCGUCCCUUCCAGUGCCAGUUUCAUUAACUGUACGAUUUGAAGUUGGCUCAGAGCUUGUUUUAAACCAUUAUUUCUCAUUCGUUCAUAUUGCCAAGUCAGGUUCCCUAGAAAGGGAAACUUAAUUCUGAUGAACUAAUUCUCCAAACCAUGCAGGAAAAGUGAGCAUGGUAGCUCAAGGCAAGGAGAGGGGAAUGUCUGAUCGUCCCAAUAGAUCCUUCCUGCUCUUGGAUUUUAUGCUGAACCAUGCUUUAGUGUUGUGUGCAAAUUGGGCCAUUAUUUCCAUAUUUGUGAGACAGGCUUCCUUUAGCAGAUUCAGUUAAUUGCCAGGGCAGGUACAAGCUCCUUUCUGAUCUCACCCAACAUUGUUUUUGUGGUGUAUUCCUCCCCCACCCCUUUGGACCAUAACAUCAAGUGCCAGCUUGUUUUCAUGCAGUGCAGUGGAGUGGCUUGGUGCUCGUACAGUAAAGCAAUCCUUUAUUUCCUAAGAGGAUUUGAUCCCCUCAGCAUUUAUGAAGACCCAUCCAACCCUAAGCCACCCAGAGUUUGGGAACGAGCAGCACCACUUGACUUUUUUAUUAUGAUUAUUUGUUGUCCUUAUGCUAGGAGGGUGUUCAAGUAUAUUUUCCUCUUUUUGAAGAGAAGUUCACUAUAGUAGUAAUCCUACUUGGCAUUCAUAUAGCCUUUUUGAGAAUUUAGAGCACUCUGUUUUACAUUCCUUCUGCAAUCCUUGGAACAACCCCCAAAAGUGGGUCAGUGUGAGCCACCACACUACAGAGCUGAAGGCAGUGGCUUUUUCAAGGCCCCCACAGUGAGGGCUGAUGUAAAAUUGUAGCCAGAGUUUUUACAACUUGCAUGUUUAACCAGUGCACAUGAAUGUUUUGUUGUGGUUUUAGCAUGUAGGAGAGAGAUUGGGAGUGAAUGGUGUCCUUCCCAAAGAAUCAUGCUAAAUGAUGAUAAGCUGCCCGAUUUCUCUCUGCUCCCUGUAGAUGUUGGUUCCCUAGGGUAGAUAGAGGAGUUCUGUUUAAAGGCUUAUUCCAGAAAUGACUAAGCGGUUGCAUGGCAAUUACCAGGUCAGAUGUGUUACAGUGUUUUUCUCUGAAACCAUUUUCACAUGUCCAUGAACACCCCCAAAGAGGUCACUAUGGAACAGGGAUGCGAGGAACCUGAGGGCUUCCAGGCGUUGUUGGACUUCAACUCCCAUAAUCCCUGACUAUUUGACAUGCUGGUUGGGCUGAUGGGAGCUGGAGUCCAGCAACAUCUGGAGGGCACCCAUUGGCUCUCCCACUUCUGAUCUGGAAGCAGUUUCAUAUUCAUUAACCAUCUAAAGAUGUGUAAUUUAAUACCAGCAACUUCAUGGGGAUGUGAAUGCUGCUGAAGAGAACCAUUCUUGUUUGUCUGCCUACCUCAUGUAAUCUGUUUAAUGUAUGAAUGUGCGAUGGGUGAUAUCAAUAGAAUUUGCCAUUUUUAAAAUGCACAUGUUCGGUUGAAUCACUACAUGUUGUUGGGCACUGGUAAACUCCUCCCCCCAUCUUUAGCUGUGGUAUUGGUGGUGUGUGCAUUGGUGCCUGAUCACAGAUAUUAAUUCGGCAGAGCAUGUGCAUACACUCUGGUCUUGUGCGGAAGAUGGGCAUGUGGGGAAGAUGGCAAAUAAGAACUUCCCUUUGGCUCUCAAGUUGCCUUUUUGGCCAACUAGUAGGCAUGAUUCCCCUUCCCCUCCUCCAAGCUGUGUAGUCAUAAAUCUAAAUCACAAAAUGCAUGCAAAUCUCUUACAAAGGGAGGCCUACUGCUCUGUGAAAGCAGUAACAGAAGCAGUCAUGAGCAUGAGUUUUGUGUGGGAAAAUUCUACUUGUUUUUCUGUAGCCAGAGCUUUUCAAAGAAGGAGGAAAACAUAAUGCUUAGCAGUCUCUUCCAUAAUUUUUUUUAAAUGCUUUAUUUAUUUGCCUAACAUUUGCAUAUAAGGGGUGUGGGCCAUCCUUGAAUUUUAAAAACAUCCCCAGAUGUUUUUAAAACAUUUAUCCAUCACAUUCCCAAAGGGAUGUCCAUAUAGUCUUCAGGAUUCUAUACUUUGGAAAUUUUUUUUUUGCCUCUUCCAGUUUCUUCCAAGCCAGGGACCUGUGUGAAGGUGCUGACGAUUGAGCCCCCAGGUAACUCGCGGCUACAGGAAGACCUGGCUCUGCUAGCAGACUGCGCCUUGCCAGCCGAACUCAGGGUAGGAAGUAUAUGUUUUUCCCUCCCUCUUCUUGCGGGGUCCUGCUAUUUAAGCCCUCAGGAGUCCUGCACUUCUGCAGUUUGUUCUGGUUUGCUCUCUUUAGGCUGUGCAGCAGCCACUCCGCUAGUGUUGAACUUUGGCAGCUCCUGCUUCCAUGGUGUCAGGGCACCAAUCUUGCUGGAUUCCCUUACAUCUACUCCUUUCUGCUCCCUCUCAGGCAUCCAUGUUGCUGUGUGAAAGAGGAGAUAGUUGCGCCGAAUAUCUGCAUGGGAGCUUCCAUGCUCCUCUGUACUUUUGGUACAUGGCUGAAAGUGUGUGAGAGAGGUUCCCUCAAUUUAAAAAAUAAAAGACCGGGAUGGUCUGCCUUGCUAUGUCUGGGCUAUUCCACUCUCUUACAGCCUGUUAUUCUCCUAUAUUUGGUAGUGUGAAAGGGAAGUGGCAAAUGCCAUGCCUUGUUUGGUCCUGAAGCAGCCAUUUGUCUUCUUCACUCUUCUUUGGGAGUCCAACAUACUGUCGUCUCUCUCCAUGAAGGAAUACUCUAGAUUAGGCCUGUUCCAUUGUUGGUCUUCUGUAAGAGUGUGGCUAAACUAUCUUGACGGUCUCAACUUUCAGGAGCGCCUAUGACCGGAACAUGAAAUGUGGUGACAUAUAAGCUGGGCAUUAAUUAAUAGCACUGCCCAGAUCAUUUUAUUGUAGAAGUCCUCAACUUUUGGUCAAAAGGUCUUAUUUUCAUGGGAAAGUUUUUCUGGCCUCUAACGAUAUGAAAACAGUAAGGUGGGGGAGAUAAGGGUGUGCGGCAUGUAUCUUGAUCUUCUGGUUCUACUUGCUUUGGUGUUAGGAAUGUGAUUCUUGGAUAUUUUGGAUUCUGAGUGCCAGAUUGUCCUGCUUUAUUGUUCCCUGGUGCAACAUGGUUGCUUUUUUAUGGCUUGGCACUUUGCCCAUUGCAACAUGGUGCAGAUCAUGGAUGCAGGAAGUGCUCUUGUGCUUAGGCUUUCUGUUGCACAUUCUUGAAUUCCAUAAUGACCCACAGGGAAAAUUUUGGGCGCCCAAAUGUAGACUGAGUUCAGUCCAGUGCCCAUGGGGAAGAUGCCUGAUUUCUGUUUUAGAUUUGUAGAAGAUAAUUGAAGCAUGUCCAUUUGCCACUGCGGUGAAGCCCAUGAGCAGAUACCCUGUGACUUAAUUCUCAGGUUUUCUGCGCGCAUAUGUGUGAAUUAUAUGUAGAACCCUUUUUCAAAUUUUUAUUUGUUUUAAAUGGGUUCAGCCCUUUUAUUGAAUUUGUAACUAAAGUAAGCUAAUAAAAUAUAGCCCUAAUUUUAAGCAGUUUCUGUGCAUAUAAAUCUGAACAGUUUAUUAAAACCUCCUGCUUUCCUGUGCUUAAGACAAUUCCAUGCGGUAAAUUCACACUGAGAAAAGGGAGCUCUCUUCUACUGGGUUGUCUCUUUGGCACAUGCCAAGUUACCACUGUGCUGCUGCCACUGGCCAUAAAUGGAGGGAAUCUUCUCUACCCUCUCCAAAAAUUUGCUGGUAGGGAGUGGAAAAUGCCAAGCAUAGGAAAAAAUUGUCCCUAUUUUUUUCCUGCUCCCACCUCGGAAGUAUAUAGUGAAGCAAACCUGCCCAUUUCACUGCUUGUUCUAAAACAUAUUUUCAUUCCUGUUGCCUUGGACAGUUUUGUUUUAUCUUCCUGGUUUCAGGACAACUAUACAUGUAAAGGUAAAGGUAAAGGGACCCCUGACCAUUAGGUCCAGUCGUGACCAACUCUGGGGUUGCGGUGCUCAUCUCGCAUUAUUGCCCGAGGGAGCCGGCGUACAGCUUCCGGGUCAUGUGGCCAGCAUGACUAAGCCGCUUCUGGCAAACCAGAGCAGCGCACGGAAACGCCGUUUACCUUCCCUCCGGAGCGGUACCUAUUUAUCUACUUGCACUUUGAGGUGCUUUUGAACUGCUAGGUUGGCAGGAGCAGGGACCGAGCAACGGGAGCUCACCCCGUCACGGGGAUUCAAACCACCGACCUUCUGAUCGUCAAGUCCUAGGUUCUGUGGUUUAACCCACAGUGCCACCCAUGUUGCAAACUGGGACUGCACUGCAGAAUCAUUGGUUCCCUUCACCUACCCUCUCCCUUUCGGAACCCAAAUCCCCCUCUUCUCUUCUCUUCUCUUCUCUUCUCUUCUCUUCUCUUCUCUUCUCUUCCCUGCCACCUGCCCAAAAGCUGAAGUGUGGUUUGAAACUGGCUUUAGACCCUGGAUCAUGCAGAACCCUGGUGAGCCUUAACUAUGGUUAAUGCCACUUAACAAAAUGUUGGUUAAUGACGUGACGGUUAAUUAUGGUUAAGAGCUAAUGGUGGAAUUUGGGCUCCAUAAUGGAGGGGGUAAGAAAAGGAACAUAGGUUCCUGCACCCUCACGCUCAAUGUGGUCAAAAAUUGGUAACACAUCAUUACUAUUACUAUUUAUUAAAUUUAUAUAUCACCCUUCACCCGAAGGUUACAGGGUGGUUGACAACAUAAAAAUACAAAAUGAGAACACAAACUACAGAAUAAAAACAAACCCAAAACAAACCAAUAACGCCCCUCUCCCACAAACAGACAUUUUCUCCUGGCACCUAGAGAUGCAUAAUGAAGGUGCCAGGCGAGCCACCCUAAGGACAGCACCCCACAAGCGGAGAGCCACCACAGAAAAGUCUUGUUCUCAUAUUGCCACCCUCUGGACCAGUCUCAGAAGGGCCCAUGAAGAAGAACCUCAGAUGAUGAUUGCAGGGUCUCCGACAGUUCAUAUAGAGAGGCAGUCCUUGUGCAUGUGCACCUUCCCUCAAAUAGUCAACUUCCUGUAAUGUUUUUUUCCUAAAAAAACAAACAGCAACAUCGGGUAUAAUAUUCCCUGUUACAGGAUUAUAGUUGUUUUUAGCACUUUAUAUAAAAAAAGAAGUUUGUUUUUCCACUCUUUGCCAAACUAUCGAACAUCAAAAUUUGGCAUAUUUACCCGCCCAGCUUUCUUUCAGGAGCUUUUGGUACAUACCCAGAUUAUCAUGUUUCCUCAAGAUUAGUCAUUAAAUAUGUUGUGCUUUGGUUUGUGUGUUAAUCUUCACUGUAUAAAACAACAGGAACAAGAAGACAAAGCUGCUGUUUGUCCCACAAAUUUUGUUCAGUGAAUAACUGACAGCAGCUGUGUAUAUCAGUAAUAUUUGGGAACGAUAGAGAAUCUCCUAAGACUAAAUGUAAAUAUCCCUGUCCUACAGUUCACUUACUAUUCUUUAAAAACAAAUCUUUGUAAUCUCAGUUCUCUGCAUUUUACUAUGUUAGCCUGAUUUGUUUUUCAGACCCCACUGAUAGCAAAACACCAUGGUGGUCAAAUUAUACACUGAAAUCCCAAAGCCAUCUUUUCUCUCCCCAAUCCCCGAUCUAUAGUUAUUAUAGCUCUACCUAUUAGGAAAAUAGGUAUACAUAUGUUUAAUUUACUACUUAAGGAAUUGUCAUGUGUUAAUUUUUAUGCCCUUUACUUUAUCUCUUAAUGUAAUAAAUCCUGGAAUCAGGAUGCAGGUUGGCAUAACUAAAGUUCUGCAGAUUUAAGAGAGAUUUGGCUAUUGUAAACUUCUGUGUAUUCAUCUUCUUACCCAAAUUAUUGUUUACAUCCUGCUCUGCAGCUCUCAUGUUUUGAAGUUGUUAUUACUGAUGCCUUUAUUUCCUAGAUUCACUGAAAUGAAAUUAAAAACUUUUUUAAAAAGUAGAGGUGAUCGUCUGAAUGCAUCCUCAGUCUUAAAAAGCUUGUAAAUGCCUUGUGAGAAUACUUUAGGAUUUAUUGCUUAAGUAUAGAGGAAUGUUUCUGUCUGGUGAUAGGUAUUUAUUUUAAAAGGGGUCCUAAUACAGAAGGUGUCAUAACAAAUAAUUUUUUCCUGUUUGUAUAUGUAUAGGUAGGUUUUGGAGAGUUGCCUUUUGACAGCACUGACAACUUUAGCAGCUGUCCUGACGUUUGUUUCCGGGUGGCAGAAUACAAUUUCUUGUGUCACAAGGUAUGUAUUCAUAUUGACUUAGUUUACUAGGGCAGCUUUUUCACUUGCAUCUUCCAAUUUGGCACAUACCAAGGUAUAUUUCUAAAGCCAGACAGAUUUGUAAAACUACGUUGCGGUAGCAGGGGGAGCAGGGAUUCUAAGGAAGUCCUCACUGCAAUUCAUGAGCAUGCUGAUUGUAGUACACAACAGAAUCCCAUGCCUGCCUACUCAGAAAUAAGUCACAAUGAGUUUUGUGGGACUUAGUCCCUGGUACGAACUGUCCCACUGUUUCUUGGAAGUGAUUGGUAUUAAAUGUUUCUGCCUGACAGCUUUCCUUAGCCACAUGGCUGCAGUGCUAUGUGACACUGAAGACGACAAUUAUAGAGCCUCCAGCUGAAAAUGAGAAGCUCACCGCAUGCUUUUUCAUAUUCCCAGCUCUACUAAAUGAGCUAGUGUGAACUGCCAGUACCUGCUAUGCUGAGGCCAGCAGUCUGAGCACAUGUGUAGCCGCAUAAGUUGAGAAUUGUCUGUAUGUUUCUACGUUCUUUAAAUGUGUGGGUUUCCUAAGCUGUAUUAUAUCACUGAUAGGUGAGCUGCCUUGGACUCCCUUGGGAGGUAGGGCAGGGUGUAAAUGCAAUAAAUAAACCUUAGAAAGCCAGGAGGGUCAAUAGAAAUCAUUCAUAUCUGGUUGCUCUCCUGGUGUGCUGGGCAAUGCUGAGCCAGGGAGAUUCCUGCUUUCUUCUCUUCUUGCAGGCAUUUUUCUGUGGCCGCAGUGACUAUUUCAAAGCACUCCUAGAGGAUCACUUCUCUGAAAGCGAGGAGCUGCAGACCCAACCUAGCAUCCCUGUAGUUACCCUCCAUAACAUUUCAGAGGAAAUCUUCAUCAGGGUCCUCUAUUACAUCUACAGUGAUGACACAGAGGUGAGUUUUCAAUUUUCACCCUUUCUGAGCACAGCCCAUUUCUAGAACAUUUGUUCUAGCAAGGACUGCUGUGGCCCUGGGAGAAAAGUGCCAGAAUUGCCACUGUGUGGUGGGAACAGAGUAUUAAGCUUAUUUAAUGAGGCCUGUUAACUUGCAGAUGUCCCAACCAUGGGAUAAAAGAACCCUUAUCUUUUCCUGUGAAAUCAUAGAAUCAUAGAGUUGGAAAGGGACCCUGAGGAUCAUCUAGUCCAACCCCCUGCAAUGCAGGAAAAUGCAGCUGUCCCAUAUGGAGACCGAACCUGCAACUAUGGUGUUAUCAGCACCAUGCUCUAGCCAACAGCUAUUCAGCUUACCCUGGAUCUUUCGCUUAUCUUUCACUGCAUAAAAAGCCAUUGAACCCUUUCUGGUUCAAUAAACAUUUCCCCAAUUUUCUUGCCUUUUUUUAGUGGGUCUUACGUCCCUCCCCCCAAAAUGCUUGAAUUUUAUUUGAGGUUAGACGUGAACUUUAUUUACAAGACUGCAGUGCAGCCAUCCGUAAAUGACAAGAAACAACCACCAUGGAUAAAAAUAUAUCCUCUAAGUCAACAUGUCUCUCAUACUGACUGCUUUCUUGCCCCCAUGUGGUCCAUUUUUUCUGAUGCCAACUGGGAGUACUCACUCAUCUGAGGAAUUGUGUGACAGCACUAGAAUACAUAGGGUGGUCAAUCUGCCACUAGGGGGCAGUGCCAAUACACAGUGAACUAGCUAGAGAUGCACUGUUUUCUCCUGUUUGUAUUGCUGCUUGUCUCAUUCAGAACAAAAGGCGUGGUUGCACCUUUCCCAGAAGUCCUAAUCUAGAUUGAAUACUGGAGUGUGUGAAUCCUGCACUUGUUGCACAGGACUUGGCAUAGGAUGCUUAAGGAAUUGUUGAUCGUGUGUUGUAUUUUGAGUAACCAGAGGGUCUGCAAAUGUAGGAGAUGCAAAACUUCAGGGUGGUGUCCAUGCUGUCAAAAUGGUUGCAGGCAUUUGCCUGUCGACCAAAAGUUGACACAGAGCUUUUGGUCACUGUGGAGCAAAAGUGUUGCCGCUGUCAACAUCAGCAGUCUGUUGUGGUGCUGUCUAAGCAAGUGAGUGGCGAAUCUGUGGGAAAAGGAACACGGCGGCAGCAACACUCAGCAAGAACGGUUUGGGGGAUGAAGCCAUCACUGAAAGAAAGGCUUGCCAAAUGUCUCGUUAAUAUCCUGAGAUGUGCAUAUGCAUUUUGGCUGCAGUCUCCCGUCAGCUACAGGACUGACAGGUGAAGUGGGAGGUGGUAAUCUCAUUCCCAAGGAAAUUGAAUCCCUGUCAUGCAGUGAGCAAGCUCCAGCUCACUGCUCUGAGCUCAGAAACGCAGCAAACUGGAAAGCAAGAGCACUUUCAGAACUGAAAAAUAGCUGCAGCUUUCCCUCUCCUCCAGUGGAAUUAUACAUUGGCUGGCUCUCUCGGAGCUGCCAUUUGCCUUGUUUUGUGUGCUGCUCCUUUAGAGAGCAGGGCUGGGGGACCAGAUGUUGCUGGACCCCAUUGGUUGUGCUGGCUGGGAUUUUUGGGAGGGUGACUGAAGGCUAUAGGUUCCCCACUCCUGCCUUAGAAUACUUACAUGUUGUGCUGGGGGUGUGUGGAGAGACUGAGAGCCAUCUUCAGCUAGUUGUUGUCAGACUCCUACCCCUAAAUCUCAUUGCAUCUGGAAGGCAUUUCACACUGUAGGGAAGUGAGAUGCUAAAGGGUAGAAUGUAGUGAGAGCACACUUUGCUCUGCAGAAUACUCUCUGAGACCAUGAAUCUCUUUUUCCCCCUUGAUCUGUCGUCCUGCAGGGCAAGAAGCAAAGCUGCCAACCAAGCCAUCUGUCCUUGUUUUCUUUCAAGCUAAGGAACUCUUGAAACAAUUAUCUUCUUCUUCACACACACACACACACACACACACACACACCUUGCUUUAAGGCUAGGGAAGUUUCUUUUAAAAAUCAUGACCCAUAUUACAAGCAUUCCUGUUCUUGAGUAAUUCCAAAAUUUGGGUAUGGAUUACUACUGAACUUCUUUGCAUUUCAGAUGUUAUUUUUAUUAAUUACUUCCCCUUCACCAUAACGUCCCAGGGCAGGUCACAACAAUUUAAAAUAAAAUACUAAAAACAGUUUAAAGCAAACAGGAUGGGUCUUACAAAUACAUAUAUCAAGUGUCAAAGGUCAGAGAUGCAUCUUCAUCAGCAUAUGAUGAAAACUGCAUAGCAAGGGCACCAGAAACACCGCUGUCAGGAGGGUAUUCCACAACUUAGGGGCUGACACAGAGAAUGCCCUCUCUAGUUCCCCACCCCUGCUGAACUUCUGAAGGCUGUGGAGCAACCAAGAGGACCCAAUAGAGUUUGUAGGAAAGGAGGUGACAUUUCCAAUAUUUGGGGCCUAAGAUGUUUGGGGCUUUAAACACUGAAAUGAGCUCUUUGACUUGGGCCUGGAAAAGAAGUGGCAGCUAAUGCAGCUGUUUUAAGACAGGGUUCUACAAGUUCCAAAUGUGACCCCAGCCAGUAAUGUGGCUGAUGCACUUGGGCUACCUGAAGUUUCCAAGUGGUCUUCAAGGGCAGCUGCUUGUAGAGUGCAAUAAUCCAGUCUGGGAGUUAACAGAGCAUGGAGUACAGUGGCCAACAUCUCUGUUUCAAAGUUGGCUGUAACUGGCAAACCAGUCAGGAAUAGCUGGCAAGCCAACACCCCUAGCCACUGAGGCCACCUGGACCUCUAGGUGACCCAGGUGUAGACCCAAAGUACAGAAUUGCUCCUUCCAGGGACAUGCAAGCCCAUCCAGACCAGGCUGUCUCACAUAUUCACUACUGUAGAUUCACUGCUCAGAGGUAUGAAUCUGUCUCCCUAUAUACUCCACUUAGAAGUGGGAUCUUUUUUUGUUUCUAUAUUUUCCCACAGUAAUGCCCAGGCUAGUGUUCAUGGGAAUGCCCUCCAAAAAUGUCCAGAAACUUCUGCUGGUUUAAAAACUGGUGACCGGUAUUGCAUCUGCUCCUUGUAAAAGGGGUAUGAUAGAAGUGUGAAUAGUAAUAACCAGGGACAGGGUGUCAUGAGCAUUUUAUGCCACUGCCAAAAGAGCUGUAUUGCCUCCUCCUUGGUUACUGGGCACAUUUUUACCUUUAAAGUUCAGCACAACCUGGGACUGGGGUGUCUGAAGGAACAUGCUCACCCAGCAGUGAAUUUUCUUGCCUGUCUUGAGACCCUUUCCUGGCUCCUCCCUGCCUUCUGAGGUUAGGUGGUUGGAGAGAGAUUGCUUUGCCAGGGUUGACACACACAUUCUAGAAUUACUCCCUCAUUUGUUUCUGGCACUUUUUGCUUUUAUCUCUUAAGCACUAGAUGAAGACUUUCUUGCUUUGUUAGGCUUUUAAUGACACCUGCCUUGCCUUUUUAUGCUAUCUGCUUCCCCCGGCAUGUGUCUUUGUUUUCAAUGGCUCUUCAUUUUGUGCCAUCUGUUGCUGUUUUUAUUUCAUGGUUGGCCACCUUGAAACAAUUCUUUUUAAAAAGGUACACAAGUUAUAGUGCUAAAAUGUGGCCUGUACAUCUGUACUCUCCUUAGGUUCACUUCCUGCUGACUUUGGUUUUAGUCCUCCUCCUAAAUCAUUUCUUUCUUUUUUUAAAAAAAGACACAUCUCUGGUAAAUGUUUGCCAUGUGAAGAAGUUUCAAAAUGCGGUGACUGAGGAGGGAACUGAACAGUGCAAACUCUUCAUCCUUGGAAUAACAGUGAAAUGGGCAAAAGCAAUAGACCUACAUAUCAGACAUUCAGGAUUUUCUCCCAACACUUUUUCGAAGAAAAGAAUAGGUAGAUCUUCCCCUCUUGAGCCCAGUACAAUGUUUAGCUUGUUAGCGCCAGACUUCAUGAUACCUACAACAAUUGAGGCUAGGUCUGCUUUGAAGCAGAGUGAAGCAACACACUAUAGGUGGUAGUGGUAGAGAAGAGAUGAGGCCAUAGUUUGGUGUCUGAAGGAUGCAGAAAGAAAGAAGUAUUGGUGGGCGCCAUUUAGGCUGUUCUUCAGGCAGCAGAAUGCUCUGGGUUAGCACUGACAUCAUGAGUUGUCAUAUUUGUGUAUGGCAGUGGAAAUAGCAAGGCUCUUGGCUGUAAUGGCCAGUGAACUGCGCUGUGCCAGUUUACUAUAGUGUUCUUUACAAAAAAGAAUAAUUUAGUUUAGUUUCUUCAGUUCUUUUUUUAAAAAGAUUUUCUUGGCUUACAAAAGUACAUGCCUUGUCUCUUUAGUUUCUUCAGUUCUAUGUAACUAAAGCCCAGCAAAUCUUUGCAGAGAAUCCACUAGAGCAUUGCUGCUUUCACUUUCAAACAGCAGCAAAACUACUUGCAAUGGGACUCCUAGAAUCAUGGAAUCAUAGAAUUGUAAAGCUGGAAGGGACCUCAAGGGUCAUCUAGUCCAAUCCCCUGUAGUGAAAGAAUCUCAGGUUACUGAUACAUGGUCCCAAUUAAAUGAACAUCAAGGAUUUGAACUGACAUGGCAAAGUCAGAUUUGUCUUGGUGUUGUGUUUCGGAAUGCUUGGAUGAGUGGCUUAAAGUGUCUGGGAGGAGGAAAUGUCAAAGCCAGGCAAUUCAAACCAUAGCAGUGAACUUGCAGUGAAUAUUAAGACAAAUUUCCUGGGCCUAGAUUUUUUGGAAGAGGAUGAUUGGUGUACAUGGCAUAGGGCUUAGCAGCUUGCAGGGGUCAAGGAGCUAAUGGAGGAUGGAGGAGUGGCGUAUUAUCUAUUGCACCAUUGCACACUGGCUGUGUCCACAUGUUUCCUCCAAACAAAUCAUGAGCUCAGGUUCUACUGACACAACAACAAGCCCAAGACUUGUGGCUUGUUGCUUCCAGUAUGGUGUGGCCAGGAGCAGGAGAAGAGUGAAAUAGGAACUUACUGGCAUUAAACCAUAGUUAACUGGCUUAGUGAAGCAUACGAACAAGGUCUCUUAAGUCACUUGCAUUUGAUCUUUAAGCAAAACAAGCAGUGGUCCAGUAUGAGAACACUUUUAAAAAAUGAUCCUACUGGAAGCAUACAUGUCUAAAGACUCUUGUUGGUAUGAUGCACCUGUACAACUUUCAGAAAUGAUCCGAGUGGUGUGGUGGUAAUAGAUUCCUGCUGCAUCCAGCUCACAAAAUACUCCUUCAGCAAAAGUUCUAUGAAUGGCACAUUCCAACAUAAUGCACACACAGGCAUUUAUGGAAAUAAUUACUAAAGAUGAUCCAGCGCUGGAUUUAGUGCAGGUGGUUCCCCUGCCAAGGUGAGGGGGCGCAAAAUGAUGAUGAUAAUAAUUUAAAAACCUAUAUUUAUACGGGUGCUUACUGAAAAGAUCCAUUAAAAAAAGCAGGUGUAGCAAAAUGAAUUAUUGUGAAAAUAAUAAAUAUUUAGAUACCCAAGGCUAUUGCAGUGCAUCUUAGUGAUGACUUCUGUGCAUUGUCAGGAGAUAUAUCAUAUCCACACAGAACCGCACUUGGUGAAUGACCUGCAACUGAAGAUUUAUCCAGGCCUGAGAAUUUUUCAGAAGUGGUGGUGUAAAAUAUUUUCACUGGUAUGGGUUUGAGCUGGCAAAGCUAAGUCUUGUGUGUGAGUAUUUGAUUUGGUUGUGCUUGUGCCUAGACUUUUAAACUAGUUAUGAACUUCAAGUCUUCGGGCAGAAUAUAAAUAAAUUGCAUUUAAUCAUAUAAAUGAGUGUCACUGUUGCAGUCAGAUGUGAUUUCCAGACAGGGUUUUAGUUUUGAUACCGAGCCCAUUUUGAUGGAUGCCCUUUUGUCACGGCAGCUGUCUCCUGAUAAUGCCUACGAAGUGCUUUGCGUCGCAGACAUGUACCUGUUACCUGGGCUCAAGCGCCUUUGUGGGAGGACUUUGGCCCAGGUUCUCGAUGAGGAAAGUGUUGUCAGCAUCUGGAAGAUCGCAAAGCUGUUUCAGCUGACCCGGCUGGAGGACCAGUGCACGGAGUACAUGGCAAAGAUCAUUGAGAAGGUAAGGAGGGGAGCUUUCCCUAGGGAUGGGUUGGAUGCAGCAGCCAACAGGUAACCAACGUUCAUCUCUCUCAAGGCAUUUUAAGCCUGGUGUAUGCAUAGUUGCCCACAUUUCUUAAAAACAAGGCAUCAUGUUCUCUGUAGAACAGCAAGGGAUGGAGGACUGUGGAUCAACUGCUUGCCUGAACUAGUUGCUUGGUUAGUUUAUUUGAAAUGUUAGGAUUUUCAGGUGCAGAAGUAACACACGAAAGAGCUCAGUAUCCUAAGUAGUCCUAAAAUAUGGUGGCACAGUUUGUAUUUUAGAGAAGGUUCUCAUACAUAUAAACUUUCUGUUGAUUUGUAUCAAUUGUGGCAGAUUCAAGAGUCUAUUACUUUACUGUAAGCUUCCAUGGAGGAGCAUUGGCCUAAUAGUACAAGCCAUAUCUUCUUGUACUGAAUCUUGGUUACAAAGAUCAGUUUGUCCCACAACCCCACCAGGUUGUACCUUAAGCAUUAACUGCUACAUUGCAGACCUCAGUUAUGUGCAGAGUACAUACAUCCUGCUACUUUAAUCCCAUAUUAUAUCAUGCCGUCUCCCCAAGAAAUGCUUAGGCAAGGAUUAUUUGAAAUAUCUCCCAACUAAGUGGGUGCAGAAAUCUAAAUUGUGCUUUAACUGGACAGUACUAACAUGCAUUUAUGCCAAUGUUUGCCCCAGGAGAAGAGCAAGAGUGCUGCCUUCUUUCCAUCUCCUCUCCUGCUUGACCAGUUGUAGUUUUGACAGUCCCAUACUACAGUCCCAUGAACACAGGUUCACAGUCUUGCCUCUGCUGGGCAUUUGGGAGCCCAGUCAAUUCACUGAUUUUUUUUUUUUUAAUGGCUCUAAUUCGCACACCCACACAAGUUGCAACUGUUCUUAACAGGCUUUGAGAAAGGUGUGAAAUUCUUUCUUGACUGUGAAAGCACAUUGAAGAAAAUGAUUUCUUAACAGAUCCACUUAUACAAAAGUUCCUCUCCCAUUUUUCCCCAGUGAAAACAAGCAGGAAGUGGUUCUUAGUGGGGAGCCCUUUGUUAGCCAAACAAAACUCAGGACUUGCCAUUUAACUGCACUGCUGUUAAGAAUUCUAAAGGAUUCUGUUUUUCCUGCACCUUCGCCGUGCUAGUAUAAUAGGCCACCAGUAAUUUUUUUAGAUGUUGAAUUUAUAUUGGAAUAUAGAGGCACAGGCCUGUGGAACCAUGCUUUUUGUAGCCUUUGGUGGGUAUCGUACUUCAUCAGCCUUUUUUGCUUCUGUGAAAAAUAGUUUAAAACGCCUGUUCCUGCUUUACAGGGUAUGGGAAGCUCUGUUAAAUGUUUGAGCAGUACCCACAAAGGCAGUGGGCUGGGACAGCUAGUGAAGAAGUUGACUAAGAUUGCUUAGAUUAAGUGGAUGCUAUGUAAUGGCUAAAACACCAGUUCUAGAGGGACCUUGUGUUGGGUAACUUUUUGUUUUCUGAGGUUAAAUAGUUCAAUAAAUGGUGGGAUGGAGGGAGCAAGAGGGAUGGGUGGUUCCAAACAGAAAGCCUUUAUGUAGUAAACGUGUUUUUUUGUUUUUUUGUUUUUUAAGGUUUCAGAUAGUUGUGCUGCCAUUUUUUAAUGGCAAAGUUGCAUCUCACACCUAGGUCUGCAUUUUUUGAAAAGACAUGCUUUUCUUGCUUGCCAGGUCUUCAUCAAACUAUUGAGCUCAAUUAGGCCUCCUUAUGGAAAAGGUGGUCUAGUGUGGUGUAGUGGUUAAGAGCGGUAGUCUCGUAAUCUGGGGAACUGGGUUCGCGUCUCCGCUCCUCCACAUGCAGCUGCUGGGUGACCUUGGGCCAGUCACACUUCUUUGAAGUCUCUCAGCCCCACUCACCUCACAGAGUGAUUGUUGUGGGGGAGAAAGGGAAAGGAGAAUGUUAGCCGCUUUGAGACUCCUUAAAGAGAGUGAAAGGCGGGAUACCAAAUCCAAACUCUUCUUCUUCUUCUUCUUUUGUGUGGUGUUACAAUAGAGUGAUUCUUCUUCCCACUAUUCUGAAAUUUAAUAUAAUGCUUUCAGUGUGAAUCUUUUUUGUUUUGUUUUUUGUUUUUUUGGUAACUCAUGUCCAUAUGAUGCAUAAUUGUACACACUGAAUCAGAAUUUCUUCUGUACUACUACCGCUGUUUAAAAUUCUAAAUGACAUCAUUAUGCUGAGGACUCUAAUGUGCUUAUCAGCCUGCCAAUUUCCUUCACCACUUCUCUUUCCAAUCCAGCUAGUGGAGUUUGAGGAGUUUGCCGUGGCAGUGAAGGAGAAUGCUGAGGCAGUCGAAGAACGGCAGGAGACAGACUCAAUCCCUCUUGUUGACGACAUCCGUUUCCACAUAACCAGCAACGUGCAAACAUACAGUGCAAUUGAAGAAGCCAAUCAGAAACUGGAAGCUCUGGAUAAUCUUCUGGCCAGCAUAGGACUUGAAUGCUAA